AUGCCGGGGCAGAAGCGAGCGGCAUCCCCUGGUAUAUAUUUGGAGAAGAAAUCGCUGAAGCGGGUUAAGAAAGCCGAAGGUCUCUACAGUCAGUACAAAGGGAAGUCGAUCCCAGAACCACGGCUGUCACGCCCGAAGUCUUCAAGUGCUGGGUCUUUCAAGGCGAUAUGCUGGAACAUCAACGGUAUUCGAUCUUUUUUGGCGAAGCGAGGCAGGGAUUUGAAGAAGCUCCUGAAGGAAGAGAAACCAGAUCUCCUGGGGUUCCUCGAGCAUAAGCUCCAAGAGGGCCAGCAGGUGGAAGAGGUCCGGGAACGCUUCUCAGAGUUGGCGCCAGAGUACGACCUUGCGAUGGCCAGCUGCUCGAAGGUCAAGAAAGGCGCAAAGACAAGGGGUGCAAGGGCGAAGGCGUUGAAGAUCGAGACGGGGGCCGACGAGGGCCGCACGAUAUGCGUCGAGCUUCGGAAGAUCCACGUGGUCUUCAGCUAUGUCCCGAACAGCGGGGACGGGCUAGUCCGCCUGAAGGAGCGCGUCGAGCACUGGGACCCAAAGCUGCGAACGUGCUUGCGGAGGCUGGCAAAGAAGAAGGACGUGAUGCUUCUGGGAGAUUUGAAUGUUGCGCAUCGGGAUGUAGACAUCUGGAACUCGGAGGCACCGCAUGUCCCGAAGUCGGCCACGACAACACCCGAGGAACGAUCAAGUUUCGGGAAGUUGCUCGACGCGGGCUUUGUAGAUGGAUUCGCGCAUAUGCAUCCAGAUGUGAAGGGCGGUUUCAGUUAUUGGUCGGUGCGCGCGGGGAAUCGGAAGCCGAACCGAGGAUUGCGCCUUGAUUAUGCGAUCCUAUCGAAGAGUAUUGCAGAGAAGAAGGGGGCUCUGGCAGAUGUCUUCCAUCUGACCGGUGGCCACGCGGCGCUGCAGCCCGCGCCUCCGCGGGGCGGGGCCGCCCGAGGCCGGUUCAAGACGUUUUGUGGGUCGUCUGCAUCUCGCGGUGAAAAUCCGGAUUCCGUGCCCAAGGCCAUCGAGUAUCCUGUGGCGCGCGCCGUUCGCGCCGAUUUCCAUAUCUCGACUUUUUCUGACAUCUACGCUGACACAUCCUAUAACCCCGCGGGGCUACGCGCGCACAUUGUUGCUCUGAACAACCAGAUCUUGGAUGCCGCGAAGGUUGGCUGCGUGCCGACGGGGCACGAUCAGGAGUACGACGAGACGCCUGAUCCCGUCAGCAGGACGGGCAGCAAGGCGUCCAGCCUCGGCGAGGGCAGCUGCUCGCCCAAGAGCCUCUCGCCAAAGAGCCUCGGCCCGGACUCGGACUGCUCGCCGAGGAGAUCACGGCAACGGUGGAGGCCGGUGGAGCCCGGGUUGGACGAGCUCGCCGAUGAGGCGGAGCAGUCCCAGGCGUCGCAGGUGUUGAGGGAUGCCUCGUGGAAGCUCCAGGACAGCUACAGCGGAGAUUACGAGAGGCCAAGGCGUCUCGCGAUGUCCGACGCUCCGAUAGAGACGACCGACCGCUUCUCCAUGGCCGAGAAGGACGCGGCCACGGUGGAGAGCAUCAAGCAGCUGUUAUCCAAAGCAGCGUCUGAAGUUUUUACUGACCUGAAGGGCGACAGUUUUACGGAACUUAUUAAGGCGCUCUACCAGAUGGAAUUCACUGCGGGCACAGAUAUCAUCACUCAAGGCGAUGACGGAGACCGUAUUUACCUUAUCGCAGAUGGGGACGUUGACAUAUUCGUCAAGGAGGAGAGUUCCAGAGAGCUUGCGGACGCUACCAACGACAAGGGCUCGAAGGUCGCGACCCUCGGCGCCGGGUCCAUCUUCGGCGAGCUGGCUCCGCUGUACAACUGCCCGCGGUGCGCCACCUGCACAGCCGCGUCGCCGGUGGUGAGCGUCUGGGCGUUGGACGCUACGGAUUUCAAGAUGCUGAUGGUGCACGCCCGCCAGGCAGAGUACGAGAAGUACGAAGGGUGGCUCCACAAUGUGGAUAUCCUCAGGACGCUGUCCGAGCGCGACCUGGCCAUGCUCGCCGACGCCCUCCGGGUGCACCGUUUUCGCAAGGGCACGGUCAUCCUAAGGCAGGGGGACAUCGGCGACCGCUUCUUCAUCCUGGCCGAGGGCAGGGUCGGCGCCUAUAUGCAGGGCGACGAGGGCGAGAAGGAGGCAACAAAAAAAAGCCCGAGGGGGACUACUUUGGCGAGAUGGCGCUGCUGA